AGCCAUCCUUAAUUGGCUUUGGGUAGAUUGGAAUCACAUAAGCAGGGUGACAUUUAUUGCUUUCCUAGUUGUUUCUUUGCACUGAGCCCUGAGAUUCCUAAGGAGUAACUGUAAGAGAUUUCUUUCAUUUCAUCCAUGGUCUGUGAGAGGGGAUCGUUCUAAGAGCAGGCAUGAGUUUAAGUGCGAGAAGAGUCACUCUGCCUACAAUAACGCCCAUAGUGCUACAGAAGAGGGUAAUUAAAGUAUACAGUGAAGAUGAAACCAGCAGGGCUUUAGAGGUACCCAGUGACAUAACCGCCCGAGAUGUGUGCCAGCUGUUGAUCCUGAAGAAUCAUUACGUUGAUGACCACAGCUGGACCCUUUUUGAGCACCUGCCUCACAUAGGUCUAGAAAGAAUAAUAGAAGACCAUGAACUGGUGGUUGAAGUGCUAUCUAAUUGGGGAAUGGAAGAAGAAAAUAAGCUAUACUUUAGAAAAAAUUAUGCCAAAUAUGAAUUCUUUAAAAACCCAAUGUAUUUUUUUCCAGAGCACAUGGUGUCUUUUGCAACUGAAACCAAUGGUGAAAUAUCCCCUACGCAGAUUUUGCAGAUAUUUCUGAGUUCAAACACAUAUCCUGAAAUCCAUGGCUUCUUACAUGCAAAAGAACAGGGAAAGAAGUCCUGGAAAAAGAUUUACUUCCUUCUAAGAAGAUCUGGUUUAUAUUUUUCUACUAAAGGGACAUCAAAGGAACCACGGCAUUUGCAGUUUUUCAGCGAUUUUGGCAAUAGUGAUAUUUAUGUGUCACUGGCAGGCAAAAAAAAACAUGGAGCACCAGCUAACUAUGGAUUCUGCUUUAAGCCUAACAAAGCGCGAGGGCCCCGAGACCUGAAAAUGCUCUGUGCAGAAGAAGAGCAGAGUAGGACGUGCUGGGUGACCGCGAUUAGAUUGCUUAAGUAUGGCAUGCAGCUGUACCAGAAUUACAUGCAUCCUUAUCAAGGUAGAAGUGGCUGCAGUUCUCAGAGUAUAUCACCCAUGAGAAGUAUAUCAGAGAAUUCACUGGUAGCAAUGGACUUCUCAGGCCAGAAAAGCAGAGUUAUAGAAAAUCCCACAGAAGCCCUUUCAGUUGCAGUUGAAGAAGGACUCGCUUGGAGGAAAAAAGGAUGCCUACGCCUGGGCAAUCAUGGUAGCCCCACUGCCUCUUCACAGAGCUCUGCCACCAGCUUGGCUAUCCACCGAUCCCAACCAUGGUUUCACCACAAAAUUUCUAGAGAUGAAGCUCAGCGACUGAUUAUUCAGCAAGGACUUGUGGAUGGAGUUUUCUUGGUACGGGAUAGUCAGAGUAACCCCAAAACUUUCGUACUGUCAAUGAGUCAUGCACAAAAAAUAAAGCAUUUUCAAAUUAUACCAGUGGAAGAUGAUGGUGAAAUGUUCCACACCCUGGACGAUGGCCACACAAGGUUUACGGAUCUAAUCCAGCUGGUGGAGUUUUAUCAACUUAAUAAGGGUGUUCUUCCUUGCAAAUUGAAACAUUAUUGUGCUAAAAUUGCACUUUAGCCAAACUAGAAAUGACUUGUUAAAGUGUUGAAGAAAAAAGACUCAAGGAAAAAUAAAAGAUCAUACAUAACGGUGAAAGUAUUGCCGUGAUGAAAAGAAUCUGUUUCACCUCAAAGUUAGAAAAAAUAGUUUGUGCAUUGCAAAUAAGCGAAGAAUUGGAUUGACACUACAUUCAUCAUUUAAAAUUCAUUAGUUAAAAUUAAACCUCAGAAAAAAAUAAUUUGGUGUGUUCUUGUGUGAUUUUACAUUACUAUAUUAUUUUCUUUGAAUGUGCAUAUUUUAAAUAUCUUCCUGUCCUUACUAUAUGGCAGCAUUAGAAUUCUUAACUACAAAAUAUGGGUGGAAAUUGGGGUUCAGAAUGAAUUUAAAUUAUACUAUUUUUUUGUAACCUAAGAGUAAUAAAAACUCAAGCAAUCAGUUAAAAGAAGCUACCCACGACUUGUUAGUAAAACUAAAAAUUAUUUUGAAUUAUACAUUUUCUGAGUUUAUUAUAACAUAAAAAUCAAAGCAUGUUUUGAAGUAGCAGCUUAAAAUUAAUUUGAAACAUUUUGGUUUUUUCAGGAUGACUUAUUAAAUUAUUGAUUAUACUAUAAUAUUUAUACUGGUAUUG